AUGAAUUCCUUUGUAUUCAUCACACUGGUGACAUUGUCGGUGGUUCUAUCGAGCUCGGCCUACUACUACGGGGUUUCGCCGAUUACUCUGUGCAUGAAGAGCGACUACUCGUGGUGCACCAACGUGUCAUAUCCCAACAGCUGCGUCAACAUGGACACGGUGAUCAUGACCAGGACUGGGAUGAUCAACAGCACUGGACACGACAUCUCAAACGGUACCGUGACCGCUUUCAAGACCAUCGAGUCAGUGAUAGUGAGGGACGCCGACAGCAUCGAGGACAAGUGCAUCGUGUUGUACCACACUUACAACUGCCAGGGCCACAGCCUGGUUCUCAACGGUUCCAAGCACCCCGCGGCCAAUCUCUACGACUUAAACUUCUCUAACAUGGCGGAGUCUUACAGACCGUGCACCGAAAAGUCGCUCUCGUGGCUCCGGGACAACAAAUAG